AGUGAAAACCUAAUAGCUAUGGUGUAUUAGACUUCCCUCAUACAUUCUCAUAAACAACAACAAAAAGAAGAGGUACACCUUGUUGCCCUAAAUAGAAGAGAUCAGGGAAUUUGGGUUUCUGUUUCGUUUCAUAAUAAAAAUAUUGCAGUAAUGGGGAGGGGGAAAGUGGAAUUGAAGAGGAUCGAGAACAAGAUAAACAGACAAGUAACGUUUGCAAAGAGGAGGAAUGGGUUGCUGAAAAAGGCUUAUGAGCUCUCGAUUCUUUGCGAUGCCGAGGUUGCUCUCAUCAUCUUCUCCAAUCGUGGCAAGCUCUAUGAGUUUUGCAGCACUUCUAGCAACAUGGCUAAGAUACUUGAGAAGUACAAUAGCUACACUUAUGGAGCAUUGGAACCUGGUCAAUCAGAAAUUGACACUCAGAGCAAGUACCAGGAAUAUCUGAAGCUGAAAGCAAAGGUUGAGGUCCUUCAGCAUUCUCAGAGACAUUUUCUUGGGGAGAAUUUGGGUGAUUUGGGCACCAAGGAACUGGAGCAGGUUGAGCAUCAGUUGGACUUCUCAUUGAGGAAAAUCAGGUCUAGAAAGAUGCAGAUGAUGAUCGACCAACUUUCUGAACUGCAAACAAAGGAAGAAGUCCUACUGGAAACCAACAGAAACUUGAGAAGGAAGCUGGAGGAAAGUAGUUCCAUGAUCCGAUCGACUUGGGAAACUGGGGAGCAAAGCGUUCCACACAACCAUCCACCGCCGGUGCCGCCUCAGUCGGAUGGAUUUUUCGAGCCUCUACAUUGCGACAUUUCUCUGCAAAUGGGUUAUAAUCCUAGUAAUAUAACAGAUGAGGAUACUGCUAUAGGCUCUGCAAUUGCACCAAGUGGGUUCAUCCCUGGUUGGAUGCUUUGAUUGUUUGAGGUUUAAUUAAAAGGAUUCUAUAUUUUCUCAUAUGAAAGUGAUUAGAAAUCAAGAAAUUUAGAAUAAUUUAUGCACAUUCCAUGUUUCAACCUAUAUUUUGUUGUAUCUCUUAUGUCGGAUGCACGCAUGCAUAGUUUGGAGUAUGGGGCGAAGCUCCAAUAAUGUAAAAAUACCAAGUGUUUACUCGUAUGAUAUGUGUUUAAUUA